UCAAUUUAGAUCUAUCUAUUUGAGAUAUUGAGAGCCUCUAUUAUAAAAAGAAGAAUUUUAACUGGAAGACAAAAAAUUGAAAAUUAAAUUGAACAAAAAGACACGACCUUUGCAAAUCACAUGAUGUAUCACAUGACUAUUUUAUAUAAAGUGGUGUUGCGUUGUGUGCCUGACAUCAACUUAUAAACAAUUUAACCCGAUUUAGGAAUGAAAGUGAAAUAUUAUUCCAUUUUCUUAAAUAUAUAUAGAACAACAUCAUAUCGAUUGAAGAUAACUAACGAUGUCAGAAAAGGUAGAGGAUACGUCAAUCGUAUCUCCAUCCAAUUCUACCCCUUCAUCUCCUAAAUCAGAAAUAUUUAGAAUCAAUGCAAGUUUGGUAGCUUACCUUCAUGCUAUUUCUGCUUCUACGGCAUUUUUAUCAGCAUUGAUUGUUGGUAGUUGGUUACAUUAUCAUAAAAUCGUCCAGAACUCAUCUUAUGGAUAUCCUGAUGAAUGGUUCCCCAGUGUAUCUGCUGCAAUUGGUGAUCGUUACCCUGAACGAUCAAUUUUUCAAAUCAUUAUCGCUGUAACCUCGGGACCUCGAUUUUUAUUAAUUGGAUUUAAUUUUAUAAGACUUUUCAAAUCUGGUUCAAUUUUACCUUAUGUUGGUCUUAUUUCUGGUCUUAUUAGAACUUUCACUUGUGGGGGGUGGGUUUAUAUCACUUCUACUGAUGAUCAUGAUUGGCAUGAUAUCUUUAUGAUCAGUUAUAUUGUGUUGACUAUACCUUGGGAAGUGGCUAUUACAUUAUUAUCCCCCAAGGGGUCAUUAGAAAGAAAGGGAAGAUUCUAUACAUCCAUUUCUUUCUUUGGAACCUUGAUUCCGUUGAUUUAUUGGUUCAUUCAACAUAAAGUUCACGUCAGAGCUGGUGCUUAUUCUAUAUACGCGUAUUUUGAAUGGUUAUUGAUUUUCUUAGAUGUUGGAUUUGAUACUUGGUCAAUCGUUGAUUUUGCCGAUAUUGAUAUUAUAAUUCAAUCAACUGGUAUACAAUUUGGAUCUCCAGUUGUACCAGUCCCUAAAAAAGAAAUCAAACCCAUUAAAUCAGAUGAUGAUUUCACUACAUUAGAAUUCAUCGUCAAUACAAUCAACUCAUUCAUUCUUUGGUCAGUUAAUACUUCCUUAAUCUUAUGUGUAUGGUACUUCCCCUUAUGGCAUAUGGGUAUCUCAGGUUAUGAAGCUGCUGUAUUUGCAUUAUUCCUUCCUAUCAUUAUCUUAAUCAUCCCACCUUUAAGAAAUAUAUUAUCAAAAUUCCCAUUCAUUACGAGAACACUUGCUGUAUUAUUCGGUAUUGGUGCAUUUAAAGUUGAAGAUCCUGAACAAAAGUUAUUAGUCAUUACAGCAGGUACAUCAUUUGCCGUCAUUUCAUUCGUGGUUGAACUUUGGUCAUUAUCAAAUCAACCUCAAAAAUACUCUUCAUUCAUCGCUACUAAUAUCUUAGGUUUAGCUGCUACUUCUACCGCUAAGUAUUUAAAUUUCUCCAAUAAUCCAAUUUGGGCCAUCAUGCAUAAAGAAAACGGUGGUUAUAAUGAAGUUGGGAUCGUAAUAGGUCUACUUGGAGCUCUUUUAACUCCAACCUUGAAUCAAAAAGCAUUCCCUGAAAUCAAACAAGUGAAAGCUACUGGAUCAUUCCUCUUGGCAAUCUUAGGGGUUGCAGGAUAUAUGUUCACCAUUCAUUCUUAUUUAAGUGAUACGGCCACCUUAGCAUUAUGGACUUGGGAUGGUUUCCCUGUUGUGGGUCCAACUCCAAUCACAGCUGGUGUAUUUAAUAUCGCCGCUAUUGCACUUGGAGUAAUUUAUUCCAUUUCGGGUUCACCAGUCAUUGAAUCUUCCUUUUAUAACCUUUUAUUUGGUGGUGGUAGUGCUAUUGUGCUUUAUGUGUUCAAAGGAUGGUUCGGUUAUGUCGGUGCUUGUUUAUAUGUUUUCUAUGUGGCAUCGAUCUCACCAUUGAUUUGGAAAUCUACUAUUGGAUAUAAUCCAAGUUUAACAUUCUUCUUAGGAUUCUUCUUAUACGUGCUUAUUUCUUUAGCAUCAAUCUGGAUCGUGGCUUAUGCAUUUGUCCCUGGUGGAUUCUUAUUAAGAGAAAGAACUGAUAUUGUAUUAGGUAUUUCAUUCAUUCUGAUCUUGGCGGGCGUUUGGAAUUAUAAUGUUAGAUUCAAUAGUAAAUCAAGCAUCAAUAUUAAUUUCAAAUCUGGUUUACUUUUAAAACAAACCAUUGUUUCAUUUUCUAUUUUAUUAGCUUUAACUAGUUACGGAUUUUAUGAUAGAUACUAUGUUCAUUCUUUACCUUCCACACCAUAUAAUGCUGAUUCAAAAUCAUUCACCGCCGGUAUUUGGUGUGUUCAUUUCGGAUUAGAUAAUGAUAUGUGGUCAUCUGAAGUUAGAAUGAGAAAUUUAAUCAAAGAAGCCGAAGUUGAUAUCAUUGGAUUAUUAGAAACUGAUACUCAAAGAUUAAUCGGUGGAAAUCGUGAUUUCACUCAAGCUAUUGCUGAAGAUUUAGGUAUGUAUGUCGAUUAUGGACCAGGACCAAAUAAACAUACUUGGGGAGCUGCUUUAUUAUCUAAAUUCCCUAUCAUUGAAUCUACUCAUCAUUUAUUACCAUCUCCAGUGGGUGAACUUGCUCCUGCCAUUCAUGCUACUUUAGACAUUUAUGGAGAAUUAAUCGAUGUGGUAGUGUUCCAUUCCGGUCAAGAAGAAGAUGUGGAAGAUCGUAGAUUACAAAGUUUAGGAGUUCAAGAAAUCAUGGGUAAUUCCUCAAGACCAUUAGUAUUAUUAAGUUAUUUGGUUACUGAGCCAUUACAAGGCAAUUAUAAUACUUAUGUUAGUGAAAAAUCAAGAAUGUAUGAUAUUGAUAAUACCGAUUGGGAUAGAUGGUGUGAAUAUAUUUUAUUUAGACAAUUGAAGAAAGUUGCCUAUGCCAGAAUUUCAAGAUCAACCAUUACUGAUACGGAAUUACAAAUUGCUAAAUUUAAAUUAUUAACUGAUGAAGAAAUUGAAGAAUAUGAUGAACCGUUCUUAUAUGGUAAUAAUUAUAUUAAUGAGGAUGAAAUUGAUGAGAAUUUAAGAAUGCCUCAAUUGUUUAGAGGUGAUGGAGUUAGAGGUCAUAGAUAUCAUGUAUUUGAUGAACCACGUUAUUUUGCUCAACAUAAGUCACAAUUGAAAUAUGAAGAGGAAGUUGUUGAAGAAGAGCAAAUCGUUGAAGAAGAACAACCAGAAGAAGAAGAGGUUGUUGAAGAGGAAGAAGUUGUUGAAGAAGAGCAACCAGAAGAAAUUGUUGAAGACGAAGAAGAAGAGAUCAUCGACGAAAUUGAACGUCCUGAACUUGAAGAUUUAGAAGAUGACGCUUAAAUGCUAUAGAUAAAGCAAUUAAAAGAUAUUAUUUUAAUAUAGAUAAAUAAGUUUUAAAAAUAUAUAAUGAGCA